AUGCCGUGCGUGGGCGCAGUGCGUAACUCCGUGUCCGGCACGGACUUCUUGACCGUCGCUGCGGCGGCGCGACCUUUUGCAAGAGGAAGGAUGCGCUUCCUGGCCUGCUGCCUUUGUAUGCAUAGAGCAACACCCGCUUCCAGGGAAACCUUCGCAAAAAAGCUGUGGAAGAAAGAAGGUGUUGAGAAUGGUGCGAUUGAAGUCUUCGCGGCUCCAGCGUGCGCAGCUGCGAUGGAUUCCGCCCACACUCGGAUCAAUGUCAGGCGGUGUGCUACCCCGGAGGCAUCGGUGGAGGUGAUUCAGCAGCCCUGCUAUUUCAUUGGAGCACGCGACUUACCAAUCUUCAAUGGUAUUCACAUGCAGAGCUCGCGGCAGUGCUUCGCCUCGUUUAGCAUCUGGCCAGGGGAUGCCAGGAGCAUUUUCGAUGAUCUAUUCACUGUCGCCGCGCCUUCGCCAAUUUGUUCCCGGGGUCAUCCCAACGCCCAGAGCAAGUUGAACAACCCAACGCACCAGGUGUGGGUAAGGCGGCAUGUCUUGGGCAUUGCUAUCGUUGAAAGUGAAGCAAAGGAAAUGGAAAAGCUAGUUGCAUCAAAGAGCAUGCCCAACGCAUCGCAUCGCAACACCUCAAGUAAGAGUAGUGUGAUAAGAUGUGAUAAGCAACAGAUGGCGCCGACAGCGCAGCCCCAUGAUGCUAGCAGGCGCUGGGAGGGUGAAUUGCAAAAAUUGCAGGCAGAAGUGCCUUGA